AUGAAUUCGACUUUCGGUAAAACUUUCCUCUUUCUAACUAAUCUUGCGUGGAAAAGCCGAGUAACACUACCGGUGCUGAUAACGGCCGGGUUCAUGAUACUGAAUUUCCGUUGGGAAGUGGAAAUUAACAUCCACUCAGAACGUAUUGCCAUCCAGGGCAUGGAGGAAGGACGUGCUGGUGGUGGUAGGCCACGUGGGGUGGCAGCAAUUGAUUACAGCUUGGAAACCGUCGACGACAGUGACAUAGACGAUGAUGACGACGAUGAGGAUGAUGAAACCGAUUACGAUGAAAGCGAUGGUGACGAAACGUACAGCGAUGAUGAGGGAGCCAAUGAUGAAAUUCGAAUAGCUUUGGUCACCUUCUGA